UCCUUGACACACAACACACGAAGACGCACAACAACAUUAACACGACUGUUUGUGUACUGCAGUGGUCACUCGGCUCCCCAAAAAGUGAUGCCAUGAAGACGAUGGAGAUUGUUUUUCUGCUCAUCUUCUUUCCUUUCACACUUUCAGGGAAACACUCACUGAAGUUUUUCUUCACUGUGUCCUCUGGAGUCAAAAACUUCCCAGAUUUUGUGGGUGUUGGGAUGGUUGAUGAAGUUCCAGCAGGUUACUGUGACACCAACAGUAAGACAGCAGAAGGCAAACAGGACUGGUCACAAAAAAUAUUUGAAGAUGAUCCACAACACUUGGAGUGGUACACUCAGAGGUGUUUAUUACACCAAUAUGAAUACAAAGCUCAAAUUGACAUUUUGAAGCAGCAACUGAACCAAACUGAAGGUGUCCACAUCUUCCAGAGGAUGAACGGCUGUGAAUGGGAUGAUGAGACUGGAGAGGUUAAUGGGUUUGUUCAGUUUGGUUAUGAUGGAGAAGACUUCAUAGUAUUUGACCUGAAGACACUGACAUGGAUCGCUCCAAAACCACAAGCUGUCAUCACCAAACACAAGCGAGACAGAGAGAGACCCAACAAUGAAAGGUGGAAAAACUUCCUCACCCAGCAGUGCCCUGAGUUUGUGAAGAGAUAUUUGGACCUUGGGAAGAGCUCUCUGCUGAGAACAGAGUUUCCCUCAGUGUCUCUCCUCCAGAAGACUCCCUCCUCUCCAGUCAGCUGCCACGCUACAGGUUUCUACCCUCACAGAGCCAUGAUGUUCUGGAGGAAAGAUGGAGAGGAGCUUCAUGAGGACGUGGAACACAGAGAGAUCCUCCCCAACCAUGAUGGAUCCUUCCAGAUGAGUGUUGACCUGAACCUUUCAUCAGUCACACCUGAAGACUGGAGGAGGUACGAAUGUGUGUUUCAUCUCUCUGGUGCAAAGUACGACAUCGUCACCAAACUGGAUAAAACAGUGAUCAGAACCAACUGUGUUUCUCCCUCAGAGUCCCCUGCUGGUCCUGUUAUUGGAGGUGUUGUAGGACUGCUGCUGCUCCUGGCAGUCUGCAUCACUGGAGUCUUCAUCUGGAGAAGGAGAGAUAAUGGAUUCAGGCCGGCAAACUCUUCAGACUCGUCAUCCUCUGAUCCAUCUUCAGUCAGAGAUGCAGCUCUUAACUGAUCACAAUCAGAUUUAUGAGUUUCAGGUUAUCAGCAGAUGCUGCUGUCCAGCUGUUUCCUCAAACCUUUGGUGGAGAUGAAUCACUGCAGCAGCUACCAGACACCAAAGAGCCACAACGUUACUCCAGUGGGGCAUCUUUUGUCUUCAGAUAUCAAAUUCAUGUCAGUUAGUCAUGUGAUGUGCUGUCUUUGAUGAUGAUUGGAGACAUGGAGCACUCUAACCUCUGCUUCUUAAGCUGGAGUCAAACUUAAAACUGUACAUGCUCAACUACUCAUGCUUUCACUAACAAUUAGUUUACAAAUAGAUUUUUGAAUAUUUAGACAUUCCUCCUUUCAUUGAAACUCACAUAUUAAAGCAAUAACACUUUUUAGAGCUUAUAUUUGUAUCUUAUACAUUUGUCAUCUUUACAUGUCCUGUAUUUGUCAUGCAGAUGACAAAUGUUAAUGUCAUUGUAACAUUAUUGUUAAUGCUCAUAUUAUUGGUGUUAGAGGAUUAAUGAGGGUUUUAUCUGUGGUACUGAUAGAUGUACUUUAUUUCAUAUUGCAAAUAUGGAAAAAUUGAUUUGUCUACAUGACAGUAUACAUCUUCUCUAAGGUCAUGUGAUCUGUUUUUGGCUAAAUGUGUUCACUUCAGUUAAAGAUUGUCUUUACAUCAUCUACAAGAUAAUAAUGAUUAAUUAUGAAUUGUUUAAUCAAUCAUCUUUUCACUGGUGAAUGUAAAACAUGAUAUUUUGGUGAACUUCAUUUUGUCUAGAGCAGCUGCAACAUUUUCUAGUGUCAU